CAAUUUUCAGGAUCGUUAACAUCGAAUUGAAAAGUAAGUGCGCUUUCUCUAGAUAUAAGUACAUGGGUUUCUCUGGUCAUCAAACAAUAGGCAGUUCUAGCUGCCUGAAAAUUACUCCGACAAGUUAAUAUUAUGGGACAAAGGAGUGCUCAGGAGAAAUGAAACUUUCUUUAAAAUGAGAAGUUUUCAUCAAAUCAUGACUGAUCCUGCUUCAAAGCGCCUGAAACUUGACGAAGAGGAGAGAAACUCGAUGCUUUCUCCAUUACUCAAAUCUGGAUGGACAGAGGUAGAAGGAAGGGACGCGAUUUACAAAGAAUUUCUUUUCAAAGAUUUUAAUCAAGCUUUUGGUUUCAUGACACGUGUUGGUUUGCAAGCCGAGAAAAUGGAUCAUCAUCCUGAAUGGUUCAACGUGUACAACAAAGUACAGAUUACACUUAGCACACAUGACUGUGGGGGACUGUCUGAAAAGGAUGUGAAACUAGCCAACUUUAUUGAAACCGUCGCCAAAUGAGUCGCGAAUUUGAAUUGCGUUGGAUUUAACCAAAUGCAAACUAUGCCUUUUUAGACAUUUUUUUCCUUAGAAAAAGACUGUCUGUUUUGUUUUUGGCGAUAAUGGUCAUCGCACAUUUGUAACAGAAGGUGCUAGUUGUACAAAUUCUCAUGAAAGUCGCCUUGAAUUAAAAAUGUUGUAAAAGUUUC